CAGCGACGGGAUUUUUCAGUCGGGAGGAGUGACGACAUUUUGUCAAUAAAUUAUUAAUUUCGUUCAAGGAAUUGUUAAAUUUUUGUAACUAGUAGUGUUAAAAGCCCCAAAAUGGGAGACAAUGAGCAAAAAGCGAUGCAGUUAAUUGCGGAGGCGGAGAAAAAGUUAAAUUCGUCGAAAUCGUUCCUCGGUUCAUUAUUCGGAGGAUCAUCCAAACUCGAAGAAGCCGUCGACUGCUACCUCAGGGCAGCAAAUCUCUUUAAGAUGGCCAAGAAAUGGCCGCAAGCAGGUCAGGCUUUCUGCACUGCUGCACAACUGCAUUUGAAGGCUGGUGUUCGUCAUGAUGCUGCAACUAACUUUGUCGAUGCCUCCAAUUGCUACAAAAAGAGUGAUCCUAAUGAGGCUGUCUCGUGUCUACUGAAAGCGAUUGAAAUCUACACUGACAUGGGUCGGUUUACUGUGGCUGCGAAACAGCAUCAGAACAUAGCGGAGUUAUACGAGACCGAGGUCGUGGAUAUAGCUCGUGCGAUGCAGCACUACGAGCAGGCGGCCGACUACUUCCGCGGCGAAGAGUCCACCUCCUCCGCCAACAAGUGCAUGCUGAAGCUGGCUCAGUAUGCUGCACAGCUGGAACACUACGACAAGGCCAUACAGAUAUACGAACAAAUAGCGAAGUCGUCGCUGGACAACAGCCUGCUGAAGUACAGCGCCAAGGAGUACAUGUUCCGCGCCGCGCUGUGCCACCUGUGCGUCGACCUGCUCAACGCGCAGCACGCGCUCGACAAGUACGGCGCGCUCUACCCCGCCUUCGCCGACACCCGGGAGUGCAAGCUCGUCAAGGAGCUGAUCGAGCACCUCGAAGACCAGAACAUAGACGCAUUUACCGAAGCGGUUAAAACUUACGACAGCAUAUCGCGCCUCGACCAAUGGUACACGACGAUGCUCGUGCGUAUUAAGAAACAAAUCAACGACAACCCGGACCUUCGUUGAAUCACAUUCAACUUACCACCCGUCUCGAGUGAGUUAUUUAUCUGUGGAUGGUAACGACAGUAUUAAUCUACAUAUUAGUUGUGUAUUCGUAAUAAUUUUUAUCUGUGGUCAAAAAUUUGGCUGAACAUUUUGUAGUGAGUACGUCUAAAUUUAUUAAAAAAAUAUAAUAGUGUCAUCUUCAUAUAGUGUAUAAAAAGUAGUUAAAUAUUUUCGAUUUGGAAAUAAAAACAAUGUAUUGAAAUUUUUAGUAUUCGAAUGUUACAACUUUUGAACGUUUUACAUUAUGCUAAUGUGUAGAUUAAAUGUUACAGAUCGCAUACCUGUGUUGGGAGCUAAUAAAUUAGAAUCAAUGCCUUUAGUUAGUUCAAAAUAUUAAAAAAAAAAAAAUGUUUUUCCUCAAAAAAUACUGCAUUUAGCAUAAGAUUUAAUUCAUAUUGAAAAUGUAAUAAAAUAAUAUUUCGACUUUAUACUUAAGUAAUAAGGUCGAUAUUUCAAGGGAUAUUACUCGUUUAGAAAAUUAGGCAUUGAAUAAUAUGAUACUAAUGGAAAAAGCUCAAAGUAUAGUAGAGACGGCGUGGAUAAUUAUUUUCUCUUAAAUCUUGUAGCAUAUUUAUUGCCUAUCCAUUAUAAUUGAUUGUAUAAGUUAGGUGACAUUACACCACCGGUCAGAGGAAUGAGCUCAAAAUCGAAGUAUACUUAAAUUUAUUUCCUAAGUAUGAGGAUAAAGAGGAUAGUAAGACUUUUAAUUUUUUAAGACAUUGUGUGUAACAAUUAAAACUUGACGAAAUUCUAUUACUCUAAAAUUACUUCAAAUUUGAUUUCUCAUAUCUUGUAUAUUUGAUUAUAUUUGAAAUAGAUUGAUUAUGAAUUUUUGAUCUGGUAAACUUUUUAUAAGAAAAAUGUAGCGCUUGCAACACUAAUAAAUUUAUUGUCAAAUGAUUCCUAUCUUGUUAUUUGUUAUUUAAAUUACGAAUAAAAAGAGCAAAUCGUGAAUGUUCGUAAAACAUCGAAAAUUUAAAAUUUAAAUAAAUUUAUGUUUGAUUAUGACGUAAUUUAAAUAACAUCACGUCUGUUGGUUCCUUUGACCGAUGAUGCGAUAAAUCUUAGUAUCGAUAGUUAAGUAGUGAUUAAGUCGAGAAGUUUUUCUAAGAUUCGUGUUAUAAGCGAUGCACCGCAAACUAUUCCAUAUAUAUAAGUACAUUAGAUGAUAAAUUGCAAUGCUAGUUACAAAUAUUUACCGAUUUAAAACAUUUUAAACGCAAUGGAAGUUACGGAUUUAAAUAGCUGAAGUAUUUACUAAUAAGUGUUGCUACACUGAAAAAUUAAAGCUUUAUAGUUGGAAUUUUAUAAGACAUAUGCAGUUUUUUUUUUUAAUUAAUACGGUAGGCAGUUUGGAAGAAUGUUUCUGAUAUGAUAAUCAAUACUAUAUUAUUAUAAAAAAUGCCUGAGGAUAUUUAAGCUUCGUGCAUAUCCUGAAAAGAUUUAAAAGAUAUUAUGCACGUUUAAGAAAUGACUUAAUAUUACAAAUAUUUCAUUUGGUAAUUACAAUGUUUACUAUUAACGAGGUACCUUGUAGCUCUAACUAGGAUUGUUAAAUACAUUUGUGGCCUAGUCUCAUGUGUACGUCUUUGUAUGAUUCAUUUGGUAUUUAUAUUUUGUUGUUGUAAAUAUGUAUGUUAAUUUUUAUUAUUAAAUACGAGUUUCGUUAUUAAUAAAAUAUUUUUUUUGUUUA